UUUUCAUCUGACAACACUCGAUUCUCGGGGCAACGGUAGGCAAGAUGAUUUAUAAACAAAAAUGAGCUUACAAAAUGCCAAUAAUUGUAUUGAAUUUUGAAAUAAAAGUAUUAUCAAAGCUUUAAAUAGUGUAAAGCUCUCUAUAAACUACAAACACAAUAUAAAAUAAUUGUACGCGAUGGCUUCUAUAAGCCUAAGGGACCAGAAACUCGAACAGCAACGUCAAAUAAUGGAACAGAAGAUGAAACAAAAAAGGCAGAAUUCUGGUAUGGUCCAAGCGAAUGAUCUUAGGGUAGGUUCUGCAAAGCGUCCUAUAUCUGGAAGUCGGUCAAGAGAACUCCAUGGCUAUGAUGGUCCGAUGCAAUUUCUCAUGUCGCCAGUAAAUCCAGACCAAGUCAUUCCUCUCCAAACAAACAGAAUGUCAACCUAUGACGAACUUGGCAAUCAAAUAGAAGUGCUAACAGUCGGAGAUGAUGUUGGGGAAGGCAGCGGUGAGGAGGAAGGAGAAAGUGUGCCAGUCUGCAGCAUGGGACGCGACGCGAGCACCGAUGACGUAUGUGCUGAUGCAGCGGUCGCGCCUUUGCAGAACAGAGCGCAGAGAGACAGUUCUCCUAGCCAGACGGCAGAAAUCGAAGGGUCAGUGGAAGGUGCUGUGGAGACGUUCGUAAUAACUCCCGCUAAACACGGCACGCUCUACAAGUGCCGGAUAGCGCGCGACAGGAAGGGCAUGGACAGAGGGUUGUAUCCCACGUACUUCUUGCAUCUCGAAAAAGAUUACGGGAAGAAAGUGUUUUUGCUUGCUGGCCGCAAACGCAAAAAAUCAGCGACCUCAAAUUACCUGAUGUCAACGGACCCGACUGAGUUGACUCGCCAAGCGGACAGCUUUGCGGGCAAGCUAAGGUCCAACCUACUCGGCACCGCGUUCACAGUAUAUGACAAUGGCAAGGCGUGGCGGAAGAACCACAGGGACCCGCCUCGACACGAGUUGGCUGCGGUUGUAUACGACACAAACGUCCUAGGCUUCAAAGGCCCCCGGAAAAUGACGGUCAUUCUCCCCGGUAUGACGCCGGACCGUCAACGGGUUACAAUAGCACCCCAAGAUGACAGCGAAACCCUUCUAGAACGUUGGAAAGGCCAGAACCUGGACGACAUUGUUGUAUUGCACAACAAAACACCAGUAUGGAACGAUGAGACCCAGUCAUAUGUGCUUAAUUUCCAUGGAAGAGUUACCCAGGCAAGUGUUAAGAACUUUCAGAUAGUCCACGAUUCGGAGCCGGACUAUGUGGUGAUGCAAUUCGGGAGGAUAUCCGAGGAUGUCUUCACUAUGGACUUUAGAUAUCCUUUGUGCGCUUUGCAAGCGUUUGGGAUAGCUCUCAGUUCGUUUGACAGCAAAUUAGCGUGUGAAUAACUUGUUUAUUGUGUUUUUGGGUGACCACGUUUGAGUUUCUGAGGCGAUUGUACAUGUAACUUUUCGCAGUUUAGUAAUAAUACAGUUUGGAUUAUAUUCCUAGCGAUGUGACCUGCUGUUUGUCAGUGGCGUGCACUUUAUAAAUGCAAAAAUUCACAGCCUACCUUGAGAAAACAAUAUUUUAUGUAUAACCACAGAAUACAUAAUAUCACAAGCAUAACGCCUACCCUAAUUAAAAACUGCACGUUUUAUAGUAUAGCCAGAAUACGUAGAAACAGUAUCAUAUAGACUGGAUCAACAAGUGACACAUAAAAACAGUUAAGGAAACACACUUUGAAUACACACUUUAUUUUGGUAUGUUUGAGUGUUUGUACCGUUUAUAAUUGCCGAAAUCUUACUAGGUAAGUACAACAGUAUAAUAGAAUAGUUGGCACUAUUUGAAAAAUUUUCCUCGACUUUUUAAAUCAAAGUCACUGAGAAGUGUAAUAUCACAAUGGCGUUCUAUAAUUUUUUUUGUAAUGUUACCAAUCUCAGGUCGACAAACUCUAUUUGUACAAACCAAACAAAUAGUAAAUCGCACUGAUUUUCCGAACUGUAUUAUUGUUAAACUGUGUUAAUAAUAAUUAUUAACUCAGUGUGAGUUAUAAUUUUUUAAGUCGUUUUUAGUGUAGAUAGUAUUCACAAUCAUGUUUGCUUAAACGCCAUUUUGUUUUAGUAUUGUUUUAUCUAUGUUGGUUGACAAAAUAUCACAAAGUUACUACAGAAAUUGUAUAAAGCAAAAAUUGAGUAUUUCAUUUUUCUUUUGGGUAAAUUAAGAAAUCUCGUUUAUGUCUUUACAACCUUAUGGUUGUGGUGGACUUUUUUCGAAGCAAAAACGCACACAUUUUAGUUUUUGGUGCUUGUGACAGAGUAGGUUGUGUUUUGUUCUAAAAUAUCAUCGACCAGUGAUCGAAGUAUUACUUUUAAAGUAUUAUAAAACCUGUAUAUGCCCAGACCUUUGCUAAUUUACAAGAGCUGAAAGUUUGUCAGCCCACUCUCAUAUCAGGGGCAAGUUUUGGUAUAGCAUUCCAUGGAUUCACAGUGUGUUCUAAAAUUUGUUAGGAUUCUUAUAAAGCAGCUUUGGAUACCCGUUCUAAUAUACUCGUACUUCUUGCUGCAGUCAGGGCCCGAUCCAGAAAUAUCGCCGCUCCGAGCAAUGAUACAUUUUGCCGACCCUUACUUACAUUCUCCAAAAAUACUUUUUUUAUCCCAUUUAUUUAUUUUUCCUUUUUUUUAACUAUGUUAAUAUAAUAUAAAACACUAUUAAAAUUUAUGAUAAAAUAUUUAUUAUUAUAAUAUAUUAGUAGUUAUAUAGAGCCGUUCAAAUGGCUAGAGACUGUACUUGAUGGCAAAGCAUUGUCUAUCUAAAGAUAACUCUCUAAGAUGGUCACGAUCCUGUCAUGAGAGGCCAACUAGAGAAAGAGAGAGAGAGUUGAAAGAAAUCAAAUAAGUCAAAUAACUCCAUUUUGCCGCACUUAAUUUUUACCCGCCCCUCAUUAUUGCCGCUCUGGCAAAAACUCCCCCCACGGGAUCGGGCCCUGGCUGCUAGUGAGGUCUUCAAGGUCUUUAAGCAUGUUAUAGAAAUAUUUUGCUGGCAUUCCUCUUGUACCCACUUCUUUGGCUUACAGACAAAUCACAUAGUCAUUAUUAAUUGUUUUAUUUGUCACAUAGUACCUUAGCCUAAAGUAUUUUUUAUAACUAAGUUGCCUAUGGUAGGAGUACUGACAAACUUUUAACUUUUAUAAAAUAUCGAAGGUCUGAUCCACACAGCCUUUUAGAACAUUAGAUGAUUGUGUGACAAUUCGUAGUGAUAAUUUAACUAGUUUUAAAGGUCCAAGUUGAAAGUCCAAGGGAUUUAAGUUCGCUUUUGAAUUAACAGGGUACUGUCCUUGUGAGUUUAGUUUUGUCUAGGACUAAGUUUUGUUAGUCCUGACGCUAACUGGCACUUGAUUUGGAUUUGCCACAAUUAUAAUUAGUUUUUUUACUUGUUCCAAACCUAUAUAUUUAAUAAUUAAAAAAAAAAUUGGUUUGAUAUUAUGCCCUUGACUUUACCUAAGCCGACGCCCUGCGGUUUUACCCACUUACAGAGGAAUUCAUAUACGUUCUGGGGGCACCCUCAGGGGAUCAUUCACCUGCUGUGUGUCAAAUUUCAAUUUCGACACUCAGCGGCUAAAUGAUCCCCUGAGGGUGCCCCUACAACGACUAUGAAUUUCACUGUUAGUUCCCGAUUCCGAGAGCAUACAGGGAUAAGAUGUAACCCAUGACACUUAUAAAUGUAGUGGCUUUCUAGUGGUAAAUAAAAUCAAGUCAAGACCCGUACAAAAUAGGUUUGUUUAUUGUUAACUCAAACUUAUUAGGUUAUGGGCCCAUUUUUUGCAAUGUGGUAAAUCCAAAUUGAAUGUUAAUUUUAUACCUAAGUAAAAUUAAGUCAGUGUAUUUUGUGUUUAGAUAGUGUUAAGACACUUUGAGACAUUCCCAAAAUUAUUGGUAUAGUUAUGUGGUUAAGUUAGUUAAGGAGAUGAAACGUCACAAGUUAGCAUGUAAAAUUGUGCACUGCGAAGCCUUUGUUAGUAGAGUUACUUUGAACUUCGGCGUCCACAUAUCCACAUCAUGCUUAUCGGAUGCAAAAUUUAAAAUCCUUUUGAUGCAAUAUCAAACGGAUUUUAAAUUUUGCGAUAGUUAAAAUCCGUUCGAUGCGGAUCAGUGGACGCACUUGUAUGACUUCCUAUACGAAGAAUACUACAAUCCGUUUGAUGCGAUGCGUCCGAUACGUACGAUACGGAUCUGUGGAUGCUUACAAUUAGUCGCAUUUAAGUUUCACAAGGGGAGUUUUGACUCAGAAACUAAAUUAUUUAUGAACUCACUGCUCAAAUUUUAUGUAUAUGAUAGUGUGUCAGAAAGUUAGAAAUAUAUUUAAAAUCAAGUGAUACCUUUUCGGACAAAUUUCAAGGAGCAUAUAUUAUGUUAUCGAAUGCACCAAAGUCUGGAAAAUACUCUGAAAAAGAAUAACCCACCACUCUGGUUCGCUACGUUCAUAGUUUUGUCUGAUUCGCCAUGAAUAUCACAUACACAAAAUUUUAGUAGUCAUGUAUAAAUAUUUUGUUCCAGAGCCCAAAGACCAUAAGCUAAUACUUGCGUUAUUCGCCCAAAGGGAUGAGAAAGAUCAAUACAGCAAUUAUCUCUUCCUUUAAGCAAACCGUAACAACCGUUUAACAAUAGACUAUAAUACACGCUCCAUAUUCACAUGCGAAUCACGCGCGAAUUUCGGAAUAUACCGCGAAACAUUAAAAUAGUUUCAGGUAUUCGCGCAUUGUUUUCAUAAAUUAGUCGAAUCUUUGCAGCGCGAAUUAUAGAAGCAGUCGCGAAAGUUUGCUUAAGUGUUUUACAGAUAGCAUGGGUAUGACAGUUGCCUUAUGACGUUCAUAAUGCGUACUAUUAUCGUGAAUCGUGGCAAACUUUCAGGAGUAAAUCGAACUGUCACCGUACCCAUGCUCAUGCUAUCUGAAAAACACUAUAAUGUGGAUCAAAUUACAGUUGUUGUCGCAUUUCGCGCCGGGAUUCGCGUUAUGAAUUUGCUCAAGGCAUCAAGGCCUUUACAACGGAUAUAGAGGUUAUAGAAAAAUUCGAAUAAGUUGUUGAUAAUUAAAACAAAGUAAUUAAUCACGUAUUUAGGAUAUGUCAUUAAUGAUGCUAAUUCUGUUUCACACGAUACUAAAUUAACAGUCUUAAAAUAAUGCUAUCCUUAUUCGACGGGAGCAUUCUGUAAAGGAUGCAGCCAAUUUUGGAACUGUCAAAUUGGAAAUUGUGUGUCCAGUUAGCACCAUUUUGUCCCAAAUGAAUUUACUUGCCUAUAUUUUAUUCUAAACGUACAAAUUUUUGUGUCAUUCAUUAAUAAUACAAACGAUUAUGCGUAUUUCUUUUGUACUAGUCACUAUUGCAAAUUUUAUUUAGGAUAAUUAUAUUUAAAAAAAAAAUAGUGGUAAGUGAUUUUUUUACUAAAAUAUAUUUAAAUGUAUCUUUUUUAAUAUCACCACAAUACUGUUUUCAGUGCAAAUUGAUGAUAUAAUUAAUUCAUUCUUUAUUCGCAUUUAAUCAAUAUAAUGUAGUAGAUAGGGGUUUUACUUAUGUAUGACUUUUACUGAAAAUAACAAUCAAAGACCUAACUUAGACUGGGUUUUCAGUAGCUAUCAUAGUAUGUUAAUAUCUGUUGAGUUAUUCCCGGUAGAUUUUCUGCUAUUAUCAAAUUAGAAAAUUCAUACAGUUUUAGCUUCCUUACAUUAAAUGUGAUAUUUUUCAAUACAUGAACUAUAAACUUAAACGCACAAAUAACAAAGAUAUUGGUAAUUUUGUUGACCGCCCAUACAAAUCUAACGAUCAUUAUGCACCUACGACGUCAUUAAUUCGUACCAUUUUGUAUGGCGCGUUUUUCAAGAAUCCGCGGCAGCGCCGCAAAUCUGAGCCUUUUGAUCGCAGAUACCCUGUUACUUUUACUAAAUUGCUUUACCUACUAAUAGCACACUCCUAAUUUAAAUACAAUUUAAAAAACUGUCAUCAUCCCUAUUCCAGACCCACCCAGUCACGAUAGUUUAUAUUCUAAAAGGUAACUGAAAAUAAAGCAUGCAUAAGUAAAGCCUUAAAGUUAAAUCUUUUUUGUGUAACUAAUAUUGAAUAAUACAUUUUUUUAACUCAAUCCAAAUAUCGUGGCCAGCGUGUUAGAGUUUCUAAUCAAAUAAAUUUGUAUAUUCUUCAUUCUAAAGGUCAUAGCUCAUUAUAUAGCCUGGCACUCGUUUUGCACCAUCUGAAGUUAUGACCGCUUGCAAGGAAAGCAAUCCAGUGAUGCUAGUUACUAUUUUGUGCAUUAGAGCCAUUGGUUAUGGGCUUGAAUCAGCUAUGACCCUCAUUCAGUAAAUUAUACAGUAGAAACAGUAUUCGACCAAUAUAAUACUGUAUUGGUCGAAUACUGUUUCUACAACAAUAUUAAUAUGUCGAUUAGAAUUUGUAUAGUUCUGACAAUAAUACGAUCGCUUUCCAAUCAUUUUCACUGCCUCACCAUCUAUUGAUGAUAAUGGAAUUGAAUUGACUUUUGAAUUAUUUUGCACUUUGAAAAUCAUCCAAGUAGGUACGCAAAGUAAUCCAUGAAGUGAACAAUGAAAAAUUAAAUAAUUUAAUUUUAUUUUAAAACAAUAGUUUUGAAAAUGCUUUGCUAACGUUUCUUUAAUUUACAUACACAAAUGCACUUAUCCUGCCUACCUUAACAAAAUCAAUGCCAAUCCUUCAUCAUAAACUACAAUAUCUAUAUCAUAAAGAGAUGUAACUUGGAAUACAUGCAUUUCAAUUAAUUGAUUAUGAAACACGGCUAUAACUCACGUGAUAUAAGGUCAAAGUAUGCCCGACUAGUUUCGAACUCAUCCGUUUUGGAUCGUACCGCGUUGCAAGAACCAGCUCAUAACUAAGGGCCCCGUAUGGGUUCGAAAGUAGUAGAGCAUAUACCUUAUAUCACGUGAGUUUUAGCCGUGUUUCAUUAUCAAUUUAUAUGAAUAACACUCACGAUAGUUUAAAUUCUAAAACAUGCAUUUCUACAUUUUUAUAGUUGGCUUAUAUCUGUUAUGCUAGUCUACCAUAUCUACUAAUAGUCAUAUUUUUAACAACGCAAUUUACUGUAUUUUUCGCUCAACUGAUGUCUAAACAAACCAUAUUCUAAAUAUUUGUCAUAAUCUUAGUAGAAAGCUAAUUUUCUUGCAAUUCAGGAUAUGUAUUUUUUUUCUGAAAACACAAUAUAAAAUAUAAGAGUAGAGGAAUUAAAUGUGUGCCUAUAUGUAGGAUAUGUGUAUAGAUAGCCUAAAAUAAAAUCAUAAAUGAAUUGUAAUAUAAUUAAUAAGCAUAGCAUAUAAAAGCAUGACAUUCACGAGCUUUCUAGUAUAUUGUAUGAACUGAGAAUAUUUUUCUUAAAUAAUGAGCACAAAGAAUUUUCAUAAUAAUAUCAAUUUAUGCAGUGAAAGUUAUUUUUCACUUAUUUAUUUUAUAUUUGACUAAAACAUAAUAAUACUAUUAUUAUAUUAUAAUCACUAGAGAAUUUCAAUAUUAUGUAAUAUAAACAAUAAAGAAAUCCAUACAUUAUUAUAGCACAAAAAUUAACGAAAAAUAGAUAUAUGUAUAUAUAUUAUAUUAAUUGGUGUUAAUACAGUUGUACAUGAGUUUUAAAUUGAAGUGAAACCUUCGAAAUAGUGGCAUCCUUUUCAAAAGCGCGCAUUAAGAAAGGGAUGUCACUAAUUUUGAGGGAAAGCCAAUGAGUCCUAAACUUACGGUCAUGGCAUAGAAUUUGUGUACAAUUUUGCACCAAUGUGGUAAAUAAAUGUCUUCACUACGACGAUGACGUCAUCAUAUGACAUCAUUCUAAUAAUAUUACGUUGUUCUCUCUCUCUCAUGUGUCUCAAAAAUCUUUUAUGUCUCUCAAAAAUUACGGUCUCAUUUUAAUCUUAAAUGUGUGUAAUGUGAUUCACAUUUUUAAAGUCAAAUUACAUUUUCAUCGUCCUAAAAAUGGGUAAAAUUGUUUAUAUUUAUCAUUAUAGUUUUUCUCAUACUUUUCAUGAAAAUCACAAUAUAAAUCGACCUAUUUUUUAUAUAGGUUAUGUAUUACAUUAAGUGGUUUGAGUGUAGUUUUUUGAUACAAACAAACUUGUUCACUUAAGCUGUGCUUUCAAUUUCCCUUUAUGUAAAACGUGGAAAUUUGUAGCUAUAUGUCUCUUUCUCAGUUAUUGUAUUAGACAAAGGUAUGAAACUCGUCCUAAUGUUGUGUAUAUUUACCAUGAAAGCUAGACAAUGGAUGCGGAAACCUGAACCAUACCUUCCACACUGAAAAUAUUUAAUACGGGAUCAAAAAACCCCGUAUUGCAUGAGCAAAGUGAACUUUUCACUCUCCUCUCUCAUCCAUCAUACCCCGCACCCCUUGAUUGCGCAAGUGAAGACUCAUGUUGUAAAAUCUCAGCCAAUACUGUGAACAUGUUUAAGUGUGUUCAAAAAACUUACACUUGGGGCAAAGAUAUCAAUUUUGGUGUAUUGUGCCUUUAAUAACAAAUAGGUUAAAUGUUUGUGCCUUUUAUUUCCACGUCUACUAUGUAUUUUGUACCUGAGGCUUUUUGUAUAUGCUCGACUAUCGUAGUGGUACCUGUGUAUAGUUUAAUGCUUUAACACCCCCCCCUCAAUGUGGUAGUUGUAUAACUGGUAGUUAAUUUAAUAGGGGCUGUGCUUUGAUAUGUGCAUAAUUAUUAUGUACCUACCUAUUUCCUAAAGGAGGUUCUAUUUUUAAUCAUAUGAUUUUUAUUUUUUAUCUAGGUAUGUUUUAUCAUAUCUUUUUUUUUUCCUGAAAGAGUACACUUUAGUGGUUUUGUAAACCCAUGUUUGAAAUUUGGAAUGCAAAUAAAUAAUUUGAAUUUGAAAAAUAUUAACUUUUUUAUAAACAUUGGUAAAUUUACUGAAUGGUGAAUUAUUAUUAUUUUAUUAAGUGAUAUUACAAGAUAUUUCCCUUCAAAAUUAUAAAUUCACAAAAUUAUGCACUCUUCAUUAAGUAAUGAGAAUCUAAAAAAUACUGCAUUAUACCCUACCAGUCCCAUUACUAGAAAAUAUUUUAUGUCCAGCCCCUAGAUAUAAUAUGUAUAUGUAUAGAAGUAGUAUUCUUGUAUUAGAAAUAUAAAAGAUAAAACAAAAUUUGAAAGACAAUUGUCUUGCUUCUAUAAUUUAUUUUCUAUGGUUAGUUACUUUUUUACUAACUUAAUUAAAGGUCUUAGUAUCACAUAUAUUAAUUGUACAAUAAAUCAGGAAAAAAAUAUUAAUUCAUAUCUAUCUCUCUCUGUCUAACCCGAUGCUUUAAAUAGAGAGAUAGAGAUGAAUUUGAAAAAAAUUAAAUUAUGUUCACACUGUCAGGUGUCAGAGGUAAAAAGGGUAUGAAAAAAAUCGGCAAUCAGGAUCCUGUUUAGUUCUUUUUUGUUGCCUGACCCAUUCUGCUACUUCACUCUACUUUUAACUUAAAACUUACUUUUAACCAUAAAAACACUUAGUUCCAAAAAUCUAUCAGAUUUUCUCAACAUGGUGUAAAUAAAUAUGGAAUUAUUAUACUGUAUAAUGUCUUUGCUAUGUAUUAUGUAAAAUAAUUCUUGUUUUAUAUGUAUAAGAUAUUCAUAUUUAAAAUAUGUAAUAUUAUUUUAUUUGCUACAAAUUAAUAUUUUAUAAUAUUUAUUGAAUAUCAUGUAUGAGGCUCUAUUUGUUGCAUUUGUCCUGAACACAAGAUUGUAUUACAAUAGUUUGUUUUUAAAUAAUAAAAAUUAUAAAUAUUCAAA